UUUCAACAUUCUGGGAGGGUGUACGUCUUUCAGAAGCUGGGCUUGCCAAGUGUUCGGUUGUUCCGUGGCAGUGGUCGUGGCGUAAUUUUUACAACUUUUUACGGACACAAAAGUAACGCGCACAUUUUUUUGUUUGGAACACUUGCCUACUAACCUGACUUUAAUUGAAAACUUUUCUACAGUAAAAAUAUGGCAGACAGCGAGCAAGUGUCCUCCACAAGUCCGUUAGGAGAAGAACUAGACAAACUCCAUGACCACGAAAUGGGUGAUUCAAACGAGGCCGUAGCUAAAGAAGUUGUUAACGAAGAUGAAAUUGUAGACUUAGUUGGCGGUGCACAAGAUGCAAUUGAGAGGCACAAAGCCACUAUUUCAUACGCAGAGGAUAUACCCCAAAAAUUAACGGAAAUGUCAUCAACUCCAGACCACGAGCCUAUGUUACUAACGGAGUCUGUUCCUGUCGUAUCAGAGCCUAUGCUAGUUCCCAAUAUAGCGCCACCGACCGUAGUAGAGGAUGCCACGGAACAACUGACGAAAGAGGAGGCGAUUCCAGAUUCCACUGUUGCGGAGAAAGAACAGAAGGAGGAGGUUGCGGACAUUGUUCCAUUAGCUGAACCAGUACACACGGAGCCUGUUCCAGAACCAGUAUUUAUCCAAGAGCCUGCUCCACAACCAGAAAUAACCCCAGAACCUGCUCCAGAACCAGAAAUUAUCCCAGAGCCUAUUCCAGAGCCAGUGCCUGAGCCUGCACCAGAGCCAGUCAUCGCGUCUGUGGAACCCCCAAAAGCCGUUCCCGAGGAAGUGCUGCUCCCCAAAGCGGCUCCGGAGAAAAAAGCGGCUGCUGCACCUCCACCAGCAUCAUAUGCACCUUUUCUACCUUCUCUUCUGCCUCAACCUCUGAUGCAAUUCCCUACAGCACUUGGGCAGAGGGGUGAUUGCCCUGCUCCCAUCUCUCCUCUCUCUCCUCUCCACUCUCCCGACUCCCUGGAAGAGCUAUCUCUGUCUGAAAGUCCAAACCAACCCCCCACCAUGGCAUCUGCUCCGUUCAGCUCUUCUAUCGAGCCCCCCAAAGUUCUGUCCAGUGCUAUGCCUUGGAGUGGUGAAGAGGAGGGUAACGCCAGAUUUGGCCAUAGUAAGAAUGAUCAGUAUGUUGAAAAAGGGUUAGAGUCUUUUACUUCUGGUUUUGAGUUGGAAACGGAAACUUGUUAUAACCCAGGGAAAGAUCUAGGUCCCAAGUCUCUACUUGAAGACAGCGGAGUUUCAUUCUCCCCUGAAGAGAAGCUUAGUGGUUCAGGCAGGUCUACCUCUCCCUCCCAGUCUCCUGUUUCACCCCAGAUGACCCCUGAAUCUCACAUUGCACCUGCCUCCUCUAACCCAACAGAGCACUGGGAUUCUCCAUUUCUAGCCUCUCAAGACAACUCCAGGGUCUCCAUGGAUACGUUCUCUAAGGACACAACCCCCAUUGGCUCGUCUGGGUUUGAGGCAGACAUGCUUGGCCAAUCAGAUGAUGAUUUGAUGUUUGAGGUGAAGAAGAAUCCAUUCCAGGGCUUUUCCCCAGUAGCUGAUGCCGGGUUUUCCCAUUAUGGGGAUGCCCACUUUGACAGCAGGGCAUCCAAAAUGUCUGAGAGUCCCACCCCAGAUCUGGUCCAAUCUGGCCAGGGUGGUGGCUCUCAAGAUAGCCCUCCCGCUUUUUAUGACGAGAGCAAAACUUAUGAGUCUGUGAAAAUGGCUGCUGACUCAUUGAUGCAGCCACUAGGCCAAUUCUCCCCAGGACCAAAAGAGGAUGAAGACUCUGUUCUUCUUCCUGACAUCUUGAAGUCCUCCCCACUCAACCCAGAGAAGAUCGACUCUGGUUCCUCUGAAGGAAGUCUGGAGUCAAGUCCCCUUUUUGAGCGCAAGAUGAUGGAGUCACCAAACAUCCCCAUCAACCUGUCAGCCACAAAUCCUUUUGCAUUUGACUCCAAAGUCUGUUUGCUGAAAGAGAUGGCUGAGGCAACUGAGGCAAAAUCAUCUGUGAAGGUGAAAGGGGAAGAUGAUUGCUUUGGUGCCUUUGACCUUGUAAAAGAGGCAGAGACCACACCCAUGAAAGGAGAAAAGAAGCCCAAAGAAGAGCAAGUUCAAGUGGAGCAAAAAGACUGGUUCUCCAGUCACGAUUCCCCCAAAAUGACCAACAAACUAGAGCCCCUGGACUUCCCGAGCCGGAAGACCCCGGAUGAUUCUGAUUCCGAGAGCCCCACUGCCGACUCCCUGUCUCCUGUGCUGGAGGCCAUGGCUAAGAACCCAGCCAGCUUCCAGGUGGAGACCGAGAAGAACCCCAGGAUGGAGGAGGCAGGGGAGGAGGUGUCUGAGCCGGAGGUCUCCUCUGAAGAGUUUGAGUUUAUAGAGAGGCCGCCUCGGGGCGUGAUAGAUGAGUUCCUGGAAGCAAUGGACAACUCCAAGUUUGCCAAGGGUCCAGAGCAUGGUGCAGAUGAUGAUCUUAGCUAUGGGUCACGGGAGAUGGCACCUCCAAACAUAGCUUCGUCAGUGGCCCAUAAAGAAGAAAGUCAGAGCUCUCAAAGUCCUUACCUCCUCCUCACCCAGUCCUCAGACAAGGCAACCCCUCAGAAGGGUAAAGCCGAACUGGAGAAGGCAGACAUCAAAGAGCCUCCCUCCCAGGCACCACUUCUCCACUCCCCUGUUCACAAACCUGUGGCGCUCGCUGAGGAUGCGGGUGGCCCCAAAAUGGCUCACGCGCCCAACUUGAGCACUGAAGCAGUGGUGGAGUUCUUGUACUGGCGUGAUGUCAAAGCCACGGGCGUGGUGUUUGGCGCCAGCCUCCUCCUGCUGCUGUCCCUGACGGUGUGCAGCAUCGUCAGCGUGUGUUCCUACGUGGGCCUGGCCCUCCUCUCUGUCACCAUCUCCUUCAGGAUAUACAAGGGCAUCUUGCAGGCCAUUCAGAAGUCUGAUGAAGGGCAUCCAUUCAAGCUGUACCUGGACCAGGAGGUGGCUCUGUCUGAGGACGCGGUCCAUAGGUACAGCGACGUGGCCCUGGCCAGGAUCAACAAGACCGUGGGCGACCUGAGGCGCCUCUUCCUGGUCGAGGACCUGAUUGACUCCAUCAAGUUUGCUGUCCUUAUGUGGAUUCUGACUUAUGUCGGUGCCUUGUUCAACGGACUCACUCUCCUUAUCCUGGGUCUGGUUGGAGCAUUCAGCUGCCCCAUCAUCUAUGAGAAGCACCAGGUACAAAUCGACCAUUAUUUGGGCAUGGUGAACAACCAGAUCAAAGACGUCGUUGCAAAGAUCCAGGCCAAGGUGCCCGGACUGAAGCGCAAGGCGGAGUGAAGAAAGAAGGAGAUGAGGGCAGUUUGUCCUCCUGACGUCCUGUUUGGAGGACUGGAGGUGUUGAGAGGGAUCUGGCUGAAUGCACCCCUUCACUUAUGUUGUCAAAAAUAAAAACUUUUACCAGUGCAGCAAUCUCUGUUUUCUCCAGAACAUCCGACCCACGAUGUUAGAUUGUUAAUUUUAUUUUCACCAGCUCAAAAUAUCUACACCCUCACUGUGGAUGAAAUAAAUUGAUGUAAUGCCCAACAAUCUGGCUUGGAAGUCUAGUUUGUGUUCUAAUGUAACCUGGAGUUCUGACUUGACCAACCAUGUAGUCUGACUGGUGAUAAGUUCCUUAUGCUGGUUGAUUUUCUUUUACACAUCCUCUACAGACAAUUGGAAACCAGUCUCGUUUUUUUGUAAAGGGGGGGGGGGGUUGAAUGGUACCAUUGUGGAAAUUCAAGAGUACCUGUUGUUUUUUUGGUAUGAUUAAGUUAGUGGUAUUUGUGAUUUAUUGUUCUAUUGAUUGACUAAUGUAGUUUUCCAAAGCUUCUAGCUCUCUUCAGUGGUUCUUGAGUGUGCUUUAUUCGAAGUGUCAUUGUGCUGAAGUAUGUAGACUGAUGUCUACAUUACAAGCAGGUUGGGAGGAGCUACCAUAGCAAUUCAUGCUUCUGAGUAUUUCUAGCUGGAAACAUUUAGAAACUUUGCAAGAUGAAAAUAAGAACAUUUAAUAGGUCAUUUCACCUCAUUGCAACUGCCUAGUUAAACUCUGGAAGAACACGUUUACAAACAUAACUUAAGAUUAUAAAAAGACAAAAAAAAACUAAACAUACUGUCUGUUGACUUAUCUAAAGCUGCAAAAUUAUGUAACUUUGAAACUUCAUGCUGUUUGUUAUGCAAGUAAUUGUGAAUGAUACUUCAUACAAUUGUGAUGAACUCCUCGGAGAACUGUUUGUGGAAUGCAUUGUUGAAUAUAAACAAUUACCAAUAAAGCUUCUCUAGAUGA